AUGGAUGAGAAAGCUAGACCGACGUGGAGCCGGCAGAUAGAGUUCACCCUGGCAGGCAUCGGCUGUGCUGUGGGUCUGGGCAAUGUAUGGAGGUUCCCAUAUCUGUGCUAUAGAAGUGGAGGAGGGGCGUUUCUUGUGCCCUAUCUGUUUAUGCUGGUGGUACUGGGCAUCCCACUACUGUACAUGGAGCUGACAGUGGGACAGUACACACGCAGAGGGCCGGUCCAUGCCAUGGCCAAAGUGUGCCCCUUACUGAAAGGUGUAGGCAUGGCAUCAGUGGCCAUCUCUUUCAUUAUGUGCACCUACUACAACAUAGUGAUCACCUGGGCCCUGUACUAUCUGUUCAGCUCCUUCCAGCAGCCUUUACCCUGGACAAGCUGCAACAAUACCUGGAACACAGAAAACUGCACCAACCAGGGCACCAAUAACAGCCAUUCUUCCACCGCCAGCCAGGAGUUCUUCCAAUAUAAGAUGCUACAACAAACGGACAGUGUGGAGGAAGCAGGGUCUCUGAGAUGGGAGCUGUUUCUGAUCCUCAUUUUGGCCUGGAUCAUGAUUUACUUCUGUAUUUUCAAAGGAGUAAAAUCAACUGGAAAAGUUGUGUACUUCACGGCUCUGUUCCCGUACGUCAUCCUGGUUGCUCUUCUGAUCAAUAACGUGCAGCUUCCUGGGGCAUUAGAUGGAAUAACCUUCUUUAUUGUGCCAGAGUGGAACAAGCUGCUGUCUGUGGAGGUGUGGGUGAAUGCGGCGGCGCAGAUCUUCAACUCCAUCGGAAUUGGAUUUGGUUCUCUACUUGCCAUGUCAAGCUACAACUCCUUCAACAACAAUGUGCUCAAAGACACAUUGACUAUUGCAAUCAUAAACUCCUUCACCAGUAUCUUGGCUGGGUUUGUGAUUUUCUCUGCAUUUGGAUAUAUGUCAUACCUACAGGGGAUUCCUGUCAGCCAACUCGCAGUGGACGGGCCCAGCCUCGUGUAUGUCGUCUACCCACAAGCCUUUGCUCAAAUGCCUCUGCCUCAAUUGUGGGCUGUGUUAUUCUUCUUCAUGUUGCUUUGUCUUGGUUUGGACAGUGAGUUUGCAAUGGUGGAGGUGAUGGUGACCAGUUUGAUGGAUGAGUUUGAGCAGAAGUUGAUGACAUUUUUCAAGCGAAAAGAGCUGUUUAUUCUAGCCAUUUGUGGAGCAGCGAGUCUUCUUGGAAUCCCCUUUGUCAUGCAGGUAGGGAUAUACGUGUUCCAGUUGAUGGACCAUUACACUGCCAUCGUUUCUAUCAUUUUCUUGGCCUUUUUUGAGAUAAUAGCAACCUGCUGGUGUUAUGGUGUAAAACGGUUGUCAGACAAUUUACUAGAGAUGACUGGAAGCAGAGCUAAUAUUUUCUUCAGAAUCUGUUGGCUCAUCGUUGAUCCUCUGCUCAUAACUGUGAUUCUUGUCUUCUCUGUAAUCCAGUUCAAACCAGCACGGUAUGGGGACUAUGUUUUCCCUCCCUGGGCACAGGGGGUGGGAUGGGUUAUUGCUUUGGCCUCAAUCAUCUGGAUCCCUCUGGGGGCUGUUCACACACUGUGGACAUUGUCUGGCUCCUUCACACAGAGACUUAUGCUGUCCAUCACACCAGGUGCCCUGAAUGAAAUGUCAAAGAAGUCUUAUGAGAGAGGAGGAGGCAUGUUUCCAGCAGUAGCAGUCACUAAUUCUUCUCAGUAUUCAAUUGAAAAGCCUCCAAUUCAGACAAACCUUUGA